AUGGCAAGCCCUCCUCCUCCGUGGACGACACUGAACGAACCGUCAACAUCUUCGUCUCCCGUACCAUCUAACGACGAUGACCUCGAACACAUUCUUCCCAAUCCAACCAGAGUAAAACGAAAAGCGCGUAAUACAGCUGCGACUCCAUCAAGCUCAUCAGCGAAGCCAGCGAAGCUUCCUCGCUUGCACCUAGACGCAACAGAAGCGGUAAAUAGGAGCUUAGGUACUACGUCUAUGCCCCAAACGCAGCGUCGAGCAACUCACCAUUUCGACUCUCGAGAUCUGCCCUCUGCUAAGCCCUCUCUCGUUGAACAUGUCUUGAUGCGAAAGAGUAACACUUCUGCCGCUACGAGGAUUGUACGACGUAAAAACAGGGACAAAAAACCAUGUUUGAGCCCGACACCUUCAUCACCUCCUGCGGCCAAGAGGUCCAUCACGAUACAUGCCGCCGGUCCCAGCAGGCAUCACGCAAGCGGCUCAACUGGUCUACCGUCUGCACCGCCAUUGAGAAAACAAGCCAGCAAACCAGAAGUUAUAGUUAUUUCUGACGAUGACGAACCACCCUCGGUAUCUGCGCCUCCCAAAUUCGCUGCGUCCAAGGGUAAAGCGAGGGCUAGCUGGGUUUCCUCUAAGGGAAAAACAAAAUCGGGUCCUAUAGACAUGAUUGAAUUAACUGAUAGCUCCUCCUCGCUCCCUUCGCCUUCUGCGUUACUCAAGGCCAAGCCGCUCCAGACGUACCCGAUUUUCAAAUUUGCUGGGAAGACUAAACCACAGAAUAGGAAAGCGCGCGAGAAUUGCCCAACACGCGUUAUUAAAGAGGAGGGGCGUGAAGUUCAUGAAAUCCUUGAUACGAGCGAAGAGGAAAGCUCAGCCAUACCGUCGUCCUUAAGCCAUGUUCAGCCGCGUGCAGCAAGAACCCUCCCAUUGCCAGCUACUCAUGCUGCCGUCCCUCCUUCUGACAGUCCUCGGAACUCAUCAAGUGUCGCCGUCGAUUCAUAUAUUGAUGCUUUGCUGACGUCAAUCGUGGCUGCCCAGAGUGUGCCCAUCACUUCACACAACAGUCCGCCUGCAACGUGUGACACCACCAAGAACGCGACUAUGGACAGUUUGCUGCCGCCUCGUACCUUCACCCCCAUCGAGGACCAUCGUACGAUGCCUCAGCCACUACCCCGACGCUCGCUUAUACGGCGGUCUCUUGCUGCUUCCCCAGUCGAUGAGGCUACGAGUGACAACGCCCCAGAUGAGCCUGAAGAUGAACUAACCACAAGCCCACCCGUGGAGAGGCCGAUUUCGACCAACGGUCCAUUGGUGACUAGUGAUCGUGGUUUCACCCCACCCUCGGACAGGUCUAAUAGCUCGUCCGGACUCGAUGGCCUCCGUGAAUUAGUUAGACGCAGCAGGCUGGAGGCCAAGUCAAGAAUCCAGUCACACAGUCCUGAGGCUCCGUCAGUUGCUCGCUCCUCUGCCUCUGAAGUCGAAAACGUCCUUGGGGUUCCUUCUCCCGAUGCAGAAUUAUCCACAUCGGAUAUCCUAGACACUCAGGAGCCUUCGCGUGACGUUGUCUCGGGAUCUGAGCCACCUUCGCCACCUGCGUCGUCCGAUGCGGACUCUAUGCCAGCAACGUCUCCGGUCAGGGUGCCCGAACCCGAGGACGAGAUUGCUCUGGAGUCAGUACCCGACAUCACGAACGCUGUAGAAGACGAAAGUGAAUUUGAGUUGGAAUAUUGGGACGGCCCCGGGAAAGCUGAAUUUCCCUCUGCUCCCUGUGUAGCGUCCGGAAGCGAAGUCACCACACUGGAGGUAUGGACACCCUCAACCAUCAUACCAGCCAAUAAUGUCAUAACGAACCAAUCUCUCUUGCAGGUUGGUCUGGAGAAGAAACCCGAAAGUAUUGAGACUUCUGGUACUGUGGGUGCUGAUAUAGCGCCUACCACCGCCGCUAAGGACAAGCCCCCUUUCCGUCCUUCGACAGGAGUUCAAGAUGUCUUAGCUCUAUUUGAAGAAUAUUACGAACCGGCGUCCUCCGUACCUGAGGCUGCCUCGAAGACUCCCGACAAAGAUAUUGUCGAUGAGCUCCAAGCUCUAGAAAUGAUACAUGUGCAUUCCCCCUCUCGUUCCCCUUCCCCAUUCGUACCGUCCACGGAUCACAGACUCGUCCUAACGUCAUCCAAGACACUCGGAGGUAAUCCGGUCUUCACAUGGCAAGAUGUUGUCAGCGACCUUGCGAACUUCAAGCAACCGUGCAAACUGGCAAAGAACAUACCACAUUCGUUGCAAGACUACAUCAACCGAAUGGACGCUUGGCACCGAUCCCUCCCAGGCAUGAGGACUGUUCUUGAGGCUGCUAUUGGCGAGAACACCGCCGAGGAUGAGCCUAACGCUCCACCGAUCAGCAUCGUCAAUAAUUUCGACGAUGAGCCAUGCCCUCCCUGGGAAUUCUACUACACCAACUUGAUGUGGCAUGAUGAAGGUGUCCCUCCACCAGACAUGACUGGCUUGAAAGGGUGCGGGUGCUACCCCAGGUGUGAUCCAAAGAAUGGAUCUUGUUCCUGUCUUCAGAAACAGCGCUCCUGGAGCGGGGAAUUCACGCCUGAUUUUGCCUACGACUCCCGGGGGAGACUCAAGUACCAGAACGUUCCCAUCUUCGAGUGUAAUGAUAUGUGCGGCUGUGACGACGAUUGUCGGAACAGGGUUGUUCAGCAUGGUAGGAAGUGUGCGGUUCAGAUCGGAAAGACUAAGAAUAAAGGAUGGGGUACGAUCCUGCUCUCGUUACCAAUUUUAUGCUUAUCGUGCUCCGUAGGAGUCUUUGCCGGUCCCAAGAAGAUUUAUGAUGGAACUUUCUUGGGUAUAUACUCAGGCGAACUACUCACUGAAGAAGUCGCUGAGGAACGCGGAAAGAAAUACAACAAAUUUGGCAGAACAUACCUCUUUAACCUCGACUUCUAUUUCCUAAGGGAAGGGAAAGAAGAAGAAUGGGAGCCAAAGUAUGUCGUCGACGCCUACCAUGCCGGCAAUAAUCAUUCCUGCUCUCCUAACGCUCGACUAAACGCCGUUUACAUCAAUGAAUCCAACAUCGAUAAACCUCUCCUUGCUAUAUUUGCAUGCAAAGAUAUCGAGCCUGGUGCCGAAAUCUGCUUCUCUUACAGCGGAAAUUAUGAUGAGGAAGACCUCGAGGAACAAGCGGAACGGGUCGUAAAAGGAGAUGCGAUCUACGAGCGUUGUAUGUGCGGUGCAAAGAAUUGCACAGGCAUAAUGUUUGAUUGA